GGUUAACAGCCCCGUCGAAUAAUACAGUGAAUAAUUAACUGGAUUUGAUGAAAGUCAUAUAUUUUGGAGUUUUAAUUUGUAGGAUGUUAAGGCUAGUACUGUGCCAUGAAUGAUCACCAACCACGGCUCUACUUCUCGUGCCUUCUCCUCACUUUAUAAUCACAUGAUUCUGUUGUUGCAUGUGACCAGCUUUCUCUCUUCUCCAUUAACUCUUGGCUCAAUUACUCUUUCUCUUCCUCUUCAUCGUCUUCUUCCAUUUCCUUCUUACCCUGUCGCAAUGAUGCCCCCUGAUCAGAAAGAAACUAACACCAUUAAUCUCACAAACCGAACCGACAACGUUUUGGUUCAUGCUGAACCAUCCAUGUCUGCCACCCCCGCUAGAUUCUCCAUGCUACGUGAAUCCUUUCUCCCCAUAACACUCACGUUUGAAGAUGUAGCAUAUACCAUUAGCUUGGUCACCAACAAGGGAAGUAACUGUUUCGCUUCAAAUAAACCCAAGGCAACAGGAAUUGUACUCAAUGGUAUUAGUGGUGUUGUUCGACCUGGUGAGUUGCUAGCAAUGCUUGGUCCGUCUGGCAGCGGUAAGACGACCCUUUUGACCGCUCUUGCUGGCCGCUUACCGGGAAAGGUUUCCGGCACUAUACUAUACAAUGGGCAGCCAUUUUCUAGCUCAAUGAAACGCAAAACAGGCUUUGUUACACAAGAUGAUGUGCUGUACCCGCACCUCAGUGUGUUGGAGACACUAACAUAUGCUGCUAUAUUAAGGUUACCGAAGAAGCUCUCUAGAGAAGAGAAAAUCGAACAAGCUGAGUUGGUUAUUUUGGAGCUUGGUUUAACAAGAUGCAGAAAUAAUGUGGUGGGAGGACCUCUCUUCCGAGGCAUAUCGGGUGGUGAACGUAAAAGGGUUAGUAUUGGACAAGAGAUGUUGGUGAAUCCGAGUUUAUUGUUACUGGAUGAGCCUACUUCAGGGCUUGAUUCCACCACAGCUCAGCGCAUAGUGGCCACUUUAAGAGGCCUUGCAAGAGGUGGAAGGACUGUGAUUACAACAAUUCAUCAACCUUCAAGCAGAUUGUACAGGAUGUUUGAUAAGGUGGUAGUUUUAUCUGAGGGUUGUCCCAUUUAUAGCGGGCGUGCAGGUCAAGUCAUGGAGUAUUUUGGUUCCAUUGGUUACGUGCCUGGCUUCAAUUUCUUGAACCCGGCUGAUUUUCUGCUUGAUCUUGCUAAUGGUAUAGCUCCAGAUGUAAAACAGGACGACCAGCAGGAGUUUCAUGGCAGAUUGGAUCACCAUGAUGAUCAAAAUUCAACUAAACAGUUUCUAAUUUCAUCCUAUAAAAAGAACUUGCAUCCUGCCAUACAGGCAGAAAUUUACCAGAAUUCCCAAGAUCCUAGUUUUUCAACUUCAGGGGUACCAUCAUCAAGAAAAUGUCAGAAUCAAUGGACGAUCAACUGGUGGGAACAAUUUGAAGUGCUGCUGAGAAGGGGUUUACAGGAGAGGAGACAUGAAUCGUUUUCCGGCCUAAGAAUUUUCCAGGUGAUAUCUGUUGCAAUUCUUUCAGGCCUUUUAUGGUGGCAUUCUAACACUUCCCAUAUACAAGAUCAGGUGGGACUACUCUUUUUCUUCUCCAUCUUCUGGGGUUUCUUCCCUCUGUUCAAUGCCAUAUUUGCCUUCCCUCAAGAGCGACCGAUUCUCAUUAGGGAACGUUCAUCGGGCAUGUACCGUCUCUCCUCCUAUUACUUUGCAAGGAUGGCUGGUGACUUGCCAAUGGAGCUAGUUCUCCCAACCAUCUUUGUCACUGUCACCUAUUGGAUGGGUGGUCUUAAGCCUUCACUAAUCACAUUUUUAUUGACCCUCGGCAUCAUCCUUUUAAAUGUGCUAGUCUCUCAAGGGCUAGGCCUUGCACUUGGGGCCAUUCUAAUGGAUGUAAAACAGGCCACGACACUUGCUUCUGUGACAAUGCUUGUGUUUUUACUAGCAGGCGGCUACUACAUUCAGCACAUUCCACCAUUCAUAGCUUGGUUGAAGUACAUUUCUUUUAGUUACUACUGUUAUAAGCUUCUGGUGGGAGUUCAGUAUUCAGCAAAUGAGGUUUAUAAGUGUGGAUUAGGGAUGCAUUGCAGAGUAAAGGAAUUCCCAGCCAUAAAGUGUCUUAGUCUUGACGAUAUAUGGUGGGAUGCAAUGGCUUUGACCAUAAUGCUUGUGGGUUACAGGGUUUUGGCUUAUGUUGCUCUUAAAAUAGGGCAACCUCGCUAACCAAUAUAUAUCUGAUUAAGUAAUAAUAACUGAUGAAUAUGUUCUGCAAUUUGCUUUCGGCUCACAUAAAUGUAAAUUGGAUUGAAUCAUGAUAAAGAUUCAUGAAGAUAUGUUAUUUACCAAUUUAAUGAAGCUUGCUUACCAGCAUGGUGGAUGAGUUAUAAAAGAACUCUGUUCUUCAUUUAUUCAGUUUGGUUUAAAUUUGUAUUUAAAGUGAAGCUAACAUGAUGGAGGACCAUGACUUUCAACUUGUAGAAGAAAAGUGAAGCUAAGGCAUGGAAAUAAAGGAGACAGAUGGAAGAUCCAUUAAACGAUAUCAACUUUUAAUUAUUCUUGUAAAACGAUAUUAUAACUCCAACUAAACUUGCCUUGCAUUAUAACAAGAAUCUUCAACCCUGUCACGGAAGGAACAAAUCAGUCUAUUUUGAUAAGGGAAUUGGAAUAAAUGAAUAUGAUUUUCAGGACAUUUAAAUGAAACUCAGUGACUUAAAUGAUACAACAGCACCGUGAUAGCUAAGUUUUAUUGAUACUAAAAUCAAACCAUAACACAUCCAAAGAAAUUAGUUGAAGUUUUCAAUAAAUUUAUCAAAAUUUAUAGUGUCUCUAUUUUUGAUUUUGAAAUAAAAUUAAUUUAGUAUGAUGUAGUAUUUCAUUUUGUGAAUGAAAAUAUCCAUGUAUUAUAGCCAGCGGUGUUAGAAUAAGCAUAAAAUAAAGUAAGUAAAAUGUGCCCUGAUCGUAAAGCAUCUAAUGAAUGCGGCAUUUUCCACCAGGAGGCCUCCAGUCUGCUCAUUCUAUUCUCUUCUGUGCCACCCGUUGGUGGCUCCAGUUGAUUGCAAAUAUGUACACUCCACCACUAUAAAUAUACAUGUGUUUUGAUGCAAUUACCAGUCAAGGCUACAAAAUUUAAAAUUUUCAUUUCUUAAAUUACUUGAGUUUAGAAAGUUAAUCAUGGCAUCACUCAAGGCUCAGAAACCUGCUGGCACUCAAUCGGCCUCGACCAAGAAAGGGCCUGUUAAGGCUGGCACUAGCUUUCCCACUACCGCUUCCGUUCCCACUCAAGCCGUGGCCAGCCCUCCCUUUUCCACUGCCGCUGCCGUUCCCCCUCCCAGUCAGCCGGUCCCUAAAAAAGCCCAGCCAAAACCUCAGGAGCCUAAGAAGAAGGCAUCAUCAGGAGGGAAGGCAGGAACUAAGAAUUAAGUAGGUUGAGGAGGACAAGAGCUUUUGGUGUAAUAAGUGAAGAUCCCAUGAAGCUAAGCCUUAUAGUUGUUUGUUAGCCAUAUUUUAUCAUAAUAUUGUGAAAGCUCUAGCUUCCAAUUACAUAUCCCUGUCUCUCUUCUUCGGCUUGGCUUAAUAAAUAAAGACUUAAUACUUAUUAAAUUUA